AUUGAUGCCAUAAUCUCAACUUCAUCAUAACAAUGUCUUCUUCCAUUUCUCCUCUCCAGCUUUCAUCACCUGCAAAAGCUCGACGGCUGACCGCUGCAUCGCCACUGGAGUCUCCAAAAUCCAAAUGCUUUGGAUUUCGUCCAGCAACCACUCAGUCGUUCUCCAGGGUUGUGAGCGUUUCUGCUGUUGGUGAUGUAUCAGCUGAUAGCAACAUUUAUCUGUUUGCCGGCGCUGCAGCGGUGGCGCUCAUUGGGACAGCGUUUCCCAUAUUUUUUGCCCGCAAGGAUUUAUGUCCAGAAUGUGAUGGGGCAGGAUUCAUCAGACAAGCAGGUGCGACACUUCGAGCAAAUGCUGCUAGGAAGGAUCAAUCUCAAAUUGUUUGUCCUCGCUGCAAUGGGCUUGGAAAAUUAGGACAAAUCGAUAAACUGAAGUAGGGGUGUUUUUCAGAUUAUACCCUCUAAAUUUGAUAUCUCUAUGCUACUCGAUUGAUAGGGUGAUGCUUGAACCUUUUGCUUUUUAUUUCUCAAAUGUUGAACUUUGUGAGUUACAUGAUAUGGAAGAGAGGCUUUCUUGAUAUUGUUCAUUC